CGAGAUUCACCCCUCAGCGAUUUACGUUCAACCUUCCGCAGAAUGCUCGUGACGGAUUGAACAUCACAAUGAAAUUGAGAGACCCCGGCACUCCGAAUAGAGCAACUCUCUACUUUGAUCAACUCUCUCUGAAACUCGACCCCGACUAUAUCAUUGUGAUUCCACCGAAGACCACCCCGAUUGGAGCCAUCGUCGGUGGAGUAGUGGGAGGAAUCGCUGUGCUGCUGGCUUUAGUGGCAUUCGUGUAUUUCUUCAUCCGCCGUAGGAGAAGAGCCAAUCCCCCGGCGCGGGAACUAGGUUCUGGAGCGGAGGGACGGGAAACCUCCGUCAACAAUCUCUUGAGUAAUCAGCUCCUCACAGUUCCUAUUGGUCACUCUGGAGAGCCCAGUAUUCAUUCGGCACAGAGAGAACCUCGCUCACCGUUACAACAUCGGGCGACCUCGAUGAGCGGCGGCUCCGAAGCUUGGAACCCGGUACUCCCCGCCUAUGAUACAUCAGGCGAUCAGCCUAUAUCUCCCACCAGUGACCUCGAAUCCUUCGCUCAGUACCAUCGAAACAGCAUCGAUCCCAACUUGCUCGAGAAGCUUCGAAGAGCCGGAUACAGUCCUCUACAGAAUCCGAAUAUAUACACGGAGGAACAGUGGGCCCAGCAGUUUAAUGUGACCAA